AUGGCUAUUGGCAGUUGUUUCUGCGGCGCAAUUCAAGUCGAGUAUAAGGGCGAGCUUCUGGUGUCGGGACUAUGCCACUGUCUUGAUUGUCGCAAGCUUACGGGCAGCCCGUAUAGCUACAAUUUUGUCGUCAAAACUGCAGGGCUGAAUAUCUCUGGAAAUCCAAAAGAAGUGGCAAAAACAUCGGACAGUGGGAAUGAUGUUAAAAAUUAUUUCUGUCCUGACUGUGGUACGCCGCUUUUUGGACGAAAGAUCAAGUCUGAUGGAGCUCCUGAUGAGAUCACAGUCGUCCGGGCAGGGAUAUUUGAUGAUCAGAUUUUGAACGAACGGAAGCCUCAGGCGGAGCUUUACACUGAUAGACGACUGAAGUGGAUAGAUCCCAUCGAGGAAGCUGGUCAAUAUAGUGGCAUGUUGUCACUAAAUUGA